UCCCUCCCAUCUCAAAUAUUUGCACUCUUCAUUCAUCUUUGCUGCAUUUUCUCCGGCAUCGGAAUUGUCGAAAUUAAUUCUUAAAAUGCCAAGAUCACAAUUGAUCAAGAUGAAAUAUGACUGUCUUCUUUUUGAUUUGGACGACACACUCUACCCUUUGAGCUCUGGCAUCUCAACCGAGUGCCUCAAAAACAUCGGAGGUAAGUUUCCACUAGUUCGUGCUCUGUUUUAUUCUACUGCUCGUUUGUCUGUUCUUGAUUCAGAUUUCAUGGUCGAAAGACUCGGAAUUGAACGAAGCAAGGUUCCAGACUUGUGCAAUCUGCUCUACAAGAACUAUGGCACAACAAUGGCAGGGUUGAGGGCUAUUGGCUACAAUUUCAACUACGAUGAUUAUCACAGUUUUGUUCAUGGCCGACUGCCUUACGAGAAGUUAAAGCCUGACACUGUUCUCAGACACCUGUUGCAGAGCCUUCCAAUCCGCAAAGUAAUAUUCACGAAUGCUGAUAAGAUUCAUGCUGCAAAAGCGCUCCAAAGGCUUGGUCUGGAGGACUGUUUCCAGGGAAUCAUAUGCUUUGAGACACUCAAUCUACUGCCUUCAGAUUUCGAUCAAGAAAGGGUCGCUGAUAACAUAUUUGACAUCUUUGGUCACUUCUCUCACCCAAAUUCUGGAGCUGAGUUGCCAAAAACGCCAAUUCUUUGCAAGCCAUCCGUGGAAGCCAUGGAGCAUGCUCUCAGAAUUGCCGGCAUCAAUCCUCAAACCACCAUUUUCUUCGACGACAGUGUUCGCAACAUUCAGUCCGCCAAAUGCGUUGGCUUGCACACCGUGCUGGUGGGCACUUCACAUAGAGUCAAAGGUGCAGACCAUGCCCUGGAAAGUAUCCAUAACAUCAAGGAAGCAUUCCCAGAGCUGUUGGAAGAAAAUGAGAAAUCUGAAGCUGUUCGUCACUCAGGAAAUGUUGGGCUGGAAACAUCAGUAUCUGCUUGAUUCCUCUCCGUCCAUCGAGGGCAGCGAAGACAACAUCAGCUGGUUAAAUCCUGAUGCAACUGUCCAAAUUGCAUCAGGAUCAUAUUGUUAAGAAUCUCAAUCUGCCCAUGAUUUUGGAAUGAGCUGGCGAUUUGUUAAACAAAAGUAAUGAGAGUCGUGUUCUCCACUCAAAUCAUGUGCUGUUUAGUUGGUGUAUCUUGGUUUUGUUGUGCAAAUUAACUUUCAGAUUGUUUUAACA